AUGGCGAAAAUUACCAACUGUGUGCUAUUAGAAUGUAAACUUACUUGGAUGCCCUUGAUCUUUGGGAAGCUGUGGAAGAAGAUUAUGAAAUUAAUCCACUGCCAAACAAUCCCACCAUGGCCCAAAUCAAGAGCCACAAGGAACAGAAAACCAGGAAGUCCAAAGCGAAAAACUUUGUUUGUUGUUGUUUCAACAACUAUUUUCACGAGAAUUAUGUCUCUCACAUCACCAAAAGAAAUUUGGGAUUAUUUGAAGAAAGAAUAUGUUGGAGAUGAGAGAAUACGAGGGAUGCAAGUUUUAAAUUUGAUAAGAGAGUUUGAGUUGCAGAGAAUGAAAGAGUCCGAGACUAUCAAAGAGUACACAGACAGAUUGCUUGGCAUUCUUAACAAGGCACAGGAGCAAAGGAGGCUUAUGAUGCAAGAUGGUAUGGUUGAAGGAGCCUUGCAGCCACCGAAAACUCAAAGCAAGGGUAAAAAUUUGAAAAAUUACCCCCUUGCCAAAGAUCAUGGAAAAAUGGGACAUCCACCAUUCAGAUGUUGGAAGAGGCCCGAUGCAAUGUGCAACAAGUGUAAUGAACUUGGUCAUGAAGCAGUGAUUUGCAAAAACGAAUCUCAGAAUCAUGAUGCAGAUGCACAUGUCGCCGAUGAAGAAGAAGAAGACCAUCUUUUUGUUGCAACGUGUAUAUCAAGUAAGGUUUCAACAAAUUCUUGGUUGAUUGAUAGCGGUUGCACAAACCAUAUGACUUAUGACAAGAGUUUGUUCAAAGAGUUAAAACCCACUGAAAUAUCUAAAGUUUGGAUCGGAAAUGGUGACCAGAUUCUUGUUGAAGGAAAAGGAGCUGUUGUCAUUAAAACAAGUUCAGGUAGUAAGACAAUUUCAGAUGUUCUUUAUGUACCUAAUAUUGAUCAGAACUUGUUGAGUAUUUGUCAGUUGGUAGAAAAAGGAUUCAAAGUAUCCUUUGAGGAUAAGCAUUGUUUCAUCAAUGAUGUUGCUGGAAAAGAAAUUUUAAAAAUUAAGAUGAGAGGUAAGAAUUUCUCAUUUGAUCCAAUGGAAGAUAUUCCUGUAGAACAAGCAAAAGAUCACUCCAAUUGA